UAGCAGUUGCUUUCUGCGCAUGCUCAGUAUGAUCUUCUGAUCUCUAUAAAAACAUGGAUUUAAUUUGUGAUUGCUACAUGUACUACUGACUGAAUAUUUCCUACUACCUUUUCUACUGGGCUCUGCAAUAAAAAUGUUGGCAGGAUUAGCAAGAAAGAUUGGAUUGGUCCUGGCCGGAGUCACUGCUCUCCCAUGGCUGCUCUUCGUGAUUGGAUUUGGAUUGGCUGCCCCGAAUUUCUCAGGUAUACCUGCUGCACAAGGCUCUGUGUUCUUCCCUCAUUUUAUUAUCUCCCUGCUGGGUAUUCCAACCAUUGUGCUGGGAGUUGUUCAUGCUCUCAGCAUGUCAGGAUCUGUGGCUAAGAUUAUCGGGACCAUUACAACAUUUUUCAGCGUCCUGUUUCUUCUCUGUCUGGGAAUGAUCUUAUACAUCAAUGGGAUAGGAUUACUUUCCAUCAGAUCUGGUUUUGUGAGCCAUUCUCUGAACCUCCAGUUUGCUGGUGCACUACUAGCCACACUGUCAUGGACUAGUAUGAUGAUGUCAUGGACGUUUUAUGAAGUUCCUGAAGCCAACAGCAACAGCGAAAAAUACUAGCAAAGUCAGAAAAGUGACUUGAACCUGCAUGCAUGCAUGAUUGUUUAAACUUAACAAACAUUGUUAUUGACUUUUAGUUUGUUGAUAAUAGAAUACAACAAUUGUGUUAUAGUUAUAGCUAAUUAUACUUUUACUGUAUGCAAUAAUAAUUUUUUUUAACAAUGAUAA